GUCACCGUCACUGUCGUCGUCGUCGUCUUCGUUGUUGGAAGAACUAGUGACAGUCCGAGAGAACAAGCACACUGCCGUCUCAAGCGCGCCGACCGAGUGAAGGCAGCAGCUCUAGACGUCUGCCAGACUGGCCUGGCAGCUCGACGCUCGGGUCUGACGUGCACACAGAUCGUGUCGGUGUGUCUUCCCUCCCCUAGACUGAUGGUCGAGUUUGGGCCAAUCGGAACAGAUUUCCCAUCUGGAUUGGUACAACAGUCCUCCUCCAAUCAGAACGAGGCUGGUUCUGUUGACUGGGCGGCAAAUCAGACGUCAAUGGGCUCGUUCGGCCUGGAAACCCGUCAGACUAACGCGGACUAA